AGCUUUCCCUGCUGUCGUUGCUCUUAUCCUAUCCUACGUUUGUUGCUCGGUUGCUUCUCUUCUUUCCUCUCUGUCUUCUGUCUUCUCUUCUUCUUCCUCACCAAAGUUGUUGAGUUGGUGUCCUGUUCUUGGACGGACAAGGGUGUUUAUCCAAAAGAAAUCCAUCCCGAGAUUUGCUUCUCUUGCGCGCACACUGGCACCGUCCGGAUCGCUGAAUCUUGCUGGUGGUGGUGGUGGUGGUGGUGGUGGUGGUGCACGGCCAUGUCGACGGCGGUGGCGGACGUGCCACCGGCGGCGGCCUACGGGUUCCCCGGAUCGGCCAAGAGAGGGAAGCCUGAGGAGGUGGUGGUGCUGAUGGGGAAGAGGAGGAACGAAGGGUUCUUCAUCGAGGAGGAGGAGGAGGAGGAGGAGGUGCUGACGGAGAGCUCGUCGAUCGGCGCGCCGUCGCCGGCGAGCUCGUCGAUCGGGGAGAACUCCGGCGAGGAGGAGGGAGGGGACGACGAGGAGGAGGUGGAGAGCAAGCUCAAGGCGGAGGAUGAGCAGGUCGGCCUCGGCUGCUUGGACGCCUUGGAGGAAUCCUUACCCAUCAAGAGGGGGCUCUCCAACUUCUACGCCGGCAAGUCCAAGUCGUUCACCAGCCUCGCCGAGGCGACGGCGUCGCCGGCGGCGGCGGCCAACGAGCUGGCCAAGCCGGAGAACCCCUUCAACAAGCGCCGCCGCAUCCUCGCCACCUGGUCGCGGCGAGCCUCCUGCAGCUCCCUCGCCACCGCCACCUACCUCCCACCUCUCCUCGCGCCCGACCACGCCGUCGCCGAGGGCGACGAGGGUGAGGAGGAAGACGACGAUUCAGACGACGAUGAGCGGCAGCACCGUGGCAAGAACGGCGGCCGGCGAGAGUCGGCGGCGCCGCCAUUGCCAUUGCCGCCGCCGAGGCUCACCUUGCACACCCAGAUGGGAGGAAUGGUGAGGAGGAAUGGAACAUUCAGGUCGCCGAGGUCGCUCUCACUGUCUGAUCUUCAGAACAGUGGCGGUUCAUGUUAGUUUGCUGCUAUUAGUACAAAAAAAAUAAUAAUUUUUACAGUUAGAGCAAAAAGCCAUUGAUCUCCUUUUGGCUGGUAGAGUUGUUACUGCUACAACUGCUUACUAUUAGUAACUAUAUAAUUAUAAUUAUAAUUGCAAUGCAUAAGGUCCAAGUUUGUUGUGAUCUACUAUGAUUCUAGUAACUCUCUGGUUUUUCUGAGUCCUGACCUGAUUAAGAAGACAUGUAUCAACUAUGUAUAUCUAUGAACUGACCUAACUUGAGGCUAUCAUUAACUAAUGAUGGUUUAUGAUUAGUCAAUUGCUUUGCUUUU